AUGGGGUAGAGUAAGAGAGAGAGAGAGAGAGAGAGAGAGAGAGAGAGAGUGUUCUCUCUAUUCGCCAAUGUUGGUAGGCAUCAGCAUUCGGUGAAGCUGUGUCGGUUGAAGGUUCUCUCUAUUUUUCCUCUUUUAAAUCAUUUCUCUCUGCAUUGAUUUGCUGUAGAGAUGGAGAAAGAAACUUUAACAGCAUCUUCUUCUCCAUCUGAUGCUCCCUCGGUGGAUGCUUGGGUUCAUGCUUACCAAAGCUUAUUACCUCUGUGGCGGUCUUUUAUCGAUUCUUCUCAGCCUCCAAUCCCUAUUUCGAUAUCUAGAGUAAAUCAGGUUGAUGCUGCGAGAUUGGAUGUUGAAAUGUCGGGAAUGUUAAAAGAGCAGUUGGUUAAGGUCUUCUCUCUGAUGAAGCCAGGAUUCUUGUUUCAAUAUGAACCAGAGCUUGAUGCUUUCCUUGAAUUUCUCAUUUGGCGGUUCUCAAUAUGGGUGGAUAAACCGACUCCUGGGAAUGCUCUCAUGAAUCUCAGGUAUAGAGAUGAGCGGGCGGCACCUGUGAGAGGAAAAGAAGUGAGAACAGGGUUGGAAGGACCUGGGCUCACCAUUUCUCAGAAGAUAUGGUAUUGUUUUGCCACUGUUGGUGGUCAGUAUAUCUGGGCUCGUUUACAGUCUUUUUCUGCUUUCCGUAGAUGGGGAGAUUCGGGACAGAGAUCCUUGGCACGUCAUGCAUGGAUUUUGAUUCAACGAGUGGAGGGAUUAUAUAGAGCUGCCUCCUUUGGCAACUUGCUUAUCUUUCUUUACACUGGAAGGUAUAGGAAUAUCAUUGAGCGAGUUCUCAGAGCGAGGCUUGUGUAUGGGAGUCCUCAUAUGAACCGAGCUGUUAGCUUUGAGUACAUGAAUCGCCAAUUAGUGUGGAAUGAGUUCUCAGAGAUGUUGCUGUUGCUUCUUCCACUCCUCAACUCAUCAUCCAUGAAGAAAUUUCUUCUCCCAUUUUCGAAGGAUAAAUUUUCUGGGUCCACUGCAGAUGACACAGCUUGUCCUAUUUGCCAGGCAAAUCCAACUAUUCCAUUUCUAGCUCUUCCCUGUCAGCAUAGACAGCAAGGAAGUUGGGAAUCACCCUAUGAGCAAUUGAUUGAAGUUCCUGAAUUUAAGCUCCAAGAGUGUUCUUGCCGUGAGAUCGAUUUCAGGUAUUGUUAUUACUGCCUUCGAACACAAUGUGCCGCUGCUCGUCAUUUCGAUGUUCUCGAUGUAAUGAGCCAGUGAUGGCCAUGCAAAGGCACGAUGGCAAGGCUCCCAGUAGUUGACCACAUUUAGGGGAACUAGGAAAACAGAAGAAAAAAAGAAGCAAAAAUAGUGAAAAUUGUCAACACAAUGUUGUAUUCCUCCUAAGUUGAAAAACUCAAUGAUGCAUAAAAAUGGCUGAGGGUUACAUUACAAUUUAAUAAAGCAAUUGGAGAAACUUAUUCUUUUCA